AUGACUAACACCACUUAUGAACAGUUGGGGGACCUCAAACGCCGAUCCAUCUUAGGGGCGAUUCCCGCCAAGUGGAGAUUUCAGAAUCCUAUCCCUCCGGCGGAUGAACUUCGUGAUGUGACCGGUGCCUAUAUUCAACAGUUCUUGACUCCACGAGAAAUAGAGAUCACUGAGACGGAUGCGGCGGGGAUUACUGAACAAACAACGGCUGCCCUUGCUCACCAGCUUGUACGUUUUCAUGUCGGUUCUCACUAUGUGAACUGUCUGCAUGAGGUGUUCUUCGAUGCUGCAAUCGAGGAUGCAAAAAGACUCGAUGCUUACUUUGCCGAGCAUAAGAAACCAAUCGGACCGCUGCACGGUCUGCCUAUCAGUUUGAAGGAUCAAUUCCAUGUCAAAGGUGUCGAGACGACGAUGGGAUAUAUAGGAUGGAUUGGAACGUUCCAAGGCAAAAAGGAUGAUCCGAGGCGGGGCACAUUCGAGAGUGAACUCGUCAAGGAGCUUAGGAAUCUCGGAGCGGUACUGUACUGCAAGACGAGUGUGCCUGCAACAUUGAUGACGGGUGAAACUGUCAACAACAUCAUCUCGUAUACAUGGAAUCCUAAAAACCGACUUCUAUCCAGCGGAGGUAGCUCGGGUGGUGAAGGAGCACUGAUCGCUUUGAAAGGAUCUCCCAGUGGCUUUGGAACUGAUAUCGGCGGGAGCAUACGUAUCCCAGCUGUGUUCAACGGACUUUUUGGACUCCGUCCAUCGUCUGGGAGAAUGCCCUAUGAGGGCGCUGCAAACUCAAUUGACGGCCAGAAUUUGAUGUUAUCGGUUGUUGGGCCACUUGCAACUACCGCACGUUCUCUUACACUACUGUUCAAGGCUGUGCUCAGUCAACAGCCAUGGUACCAUGACCCACUCGUGCUCGAGCUGCCCUGGAGGACGGAUAUUGAAGAGAGGACUCGAGCACUGAUAAGAAAAUCAACUGAGGGUUCUUCUUCUCUUGCAUUUGCUAUUAUGCGCCAUGAUGGCAUGGUCCAACCUCAUCCACCCAUAGCGAGGGCUGUCGAGAUUGUCGAGCAAGCUUUGAAGCGAUUAGGCCAUAAGUUGAUCGAGUGGAACCCCCCUGCCCACAAUGUUGGCACAGACCUAUUUGGUAGGAUCUGCGUGGCUGAUGGUGGAGCGGACAUAGCACACCAUCUUGGGUUGUCUGGAGAACCAAAAUCUCUCCAAUGCAUUGUGGGGGAGGGAAUCCCACACCUGAGUGCUCUAGAACUCGCUGCACUCAAUGUGGAAAAGCGGCAAUAUCAGAAGCUUUACAUGGAUUACUGGAAUAGUACGGCGGAGAUAACGGGUACCGGGCGCCCUGUCGACGGUGUAAUCUGCCCAUGUGCGCCACACGCUGCAGUACUCCCCCAUAAGUAUGCCCAUGUUGGGUAUACCGCGUUCGUUAACGUCUUGGACUACACAAGCGUCGUGAUCCCGGUUACCCAUGCAGACAAAAUGGUUGAUGUGCCUCAGCCGAGGGAUGAUUUCCUGAGUGAGGUGGACAAGACAGUUCAUGAUCAAUAUGAUCCCGAAGCUUACAAUGGUGCUCCUGCCGGGGUUCAAUUAGUUGGGCGGCGACUGGAGGAGGAAAAAAUACUGACCUUAGCAGACUACAUAAGCCAAGAGAUGCGCUUACAUGGUGGUACCCCGGAGGGCUCUGCUGGGGCCGAUGAUAACGCGCAGUCGGCUGCUGGAAAGAAUGCAGCUCUCAAAGACCGCAAGUGUCAAUAUUGUCACCAGGCAUUUACCUCGUCCUCCCUGGGCCGUCACCUCGACCAGUUUCUCUUCAAAAAGAAACCGGACGGUGUUCAUGAUGUCGAGGAAAUACGGCGCAUUCGAAGUGGCAUCACUCGCCGACAGGCUCGCACCUCGUCUGGCAAACGGGACACUCCCGAACGGACCAUAGGGAAAGGCCAGUUGGAUCCGUAUGCGAGUGACUCAGGUGUGAAGCCACGCGACGGUGUUAGAAUGAUGUUUAAUACCCCCACUUGGCAUGCGACGGGUGUCAUCAACGAUAUUCCUAAUCCUAGUCAGUCACACGAUAUUUCCAGCACAUCACGGUUUUCCACUUCGCAAACUCGGGCCCCUAAGCCCCUCCCUGAUUAUGCGAGCAGAGGUGCUAGCGCUAAUAGUCCUGAUACGAUGAGGGCUCUGGAGCUGGCUUUGCGGGAAGUACUGGACAAUAUCAAGGCUGCAACUUCAAGAAUGCGUCCUCGAUUGUCUCCAUUCGAUUUCGAUAUUCAAUCGCAGACGUUUCCUUCGCUCUGUCUGCAAUUGCUGCCCCCACCUCCCAGCUUAUUCGCGACGAGCCCGUUCCCAUCGCCUUCUUCCUUCCCGCUCCAGCCCCCUGGUGUGGAACAUGUGGAGAUCAUUCGACAAGCACUUCGUGCGAAGAUCGAUCAGUGGCAGUCCGAUCAACUUUCUACCGACUCUAUGAGCAACUCCCAGCCGGGGAGGCCAAAUAUUGGCCUGGAUGCGAACAUGAUCGCCCGAAGUGCGCAACAACAUGAAGACAUUAGUCUGCGGCAUCUAGAGUUGGCGUUCAAACAUUGGGCUUCUCUUCCUUCUGAAACGAGGCGAGAUGCAUGGCAGCUUGAGAUUACUCGAGCUUUCGCCCGGGAAAUGGAAAAACGCAAAUCAUUGGACGACCAGCUAGCUCGGGUGCAACAAGAAGCAAAUCAACUUCGUGCCCAAGUAGAAAGAUUAGGCUCGUGUCAAUGGCCAAGGGAGUUCGCUCUCUUUCCUCCUGACACGUUACCGCUACCUCGGGAUGUAGCCCGAGAUUUGGACACCAAAGAAAGCAAGAUCAGCCCCGAUUCCUCCCGCUGGGACUAUGAUAGUGUCGUGGCAAAGUGGAAGCGCGUGGUAAUGCACGACAAGAGCAUGGGCCGCGUCGGGGUGGGACACUCUAGUCCGGUCUUGGAAGACCAUGCUACUGUGGAUGGCAAACGGGUUGGUGAUGACUCGGGAAGCAUGUCCAGGUCAAGAAUUCUGCAACCCCCAGCGGCUAUGAGCCCGCCGGCCCCGUCACCAAUUCAGACAGGGGGGCCAUCUGCAUCUUCUAGCCAACAGACUUCUCCAUAUCUACCACAUGAUGUCACCCGAAGUCCCAACGCAGGGCCUCAAGCCAAGCGCCCACGUCUAAUGAAUGGUCAUCAUUCAGGGGUCGCUCCUGAAGGGUCAAAUAGCCCGUCAGCAAGUCAGACCGCUGGAGCCUCGAAGCCCUGGAACCCUCAGCAAUCCCUCACAGUUUCUAAUCUCACUGGGCCGUCCGGUCCUACCCCUCCACCAUCGUCCUCAGGCCCAUAA